GUAAGUGUGGUGCUGUCCACUAUUAAAGCAAGGAGUACACAGGCAAAGAAGUGAAACAAGCAGCGCGUAGUUGCAGGGGAGGAUUUUUAUCAGACUAUGAGUAGGUCUCGUUCAUCGCCCGGUCGUCAAAGUCUACUGAUAGACCUGAGGACGAGCUGCCUGGCCCGCCCAUUUUGCUCCUUCGCGUUGUGUACAACGUCGAUGCUGGACAGCACAACAACUUCUGUCUGGGGCCAGUGCGUGGACGAUCCUUCUUUCCGGGAUGACGACGGGCGCCCGUGCAGCUGGUGGCGCGGGAAGCUGUGCAACCAAGCUCGGGCGAUCUACGGUCAUACGUCGGAUGGAGAAACGCAGCUGCUUUGCCACUGUGGGGAUUCUUGCCAGCAGCGUUCCUUUUGCUUCACCGACGCCUGCUAUGAUCGCGCGACCUGUGCCUUGUCCUCGCUGGCGCCCCCCAGCAGCUGUUCGGGUCAGGAGCUGCAGCGGUUGCAAAAGUGCAAUUACGGGCACCAGUGCGCAUCCCGCUUUUGUUGUCCGACCUUGAAAGUCUGCUUGACGAGCGCCGCGGACGUGGUGUCCAGCAUUGAUAUGGCGGUCCUGGAGAAUCAACUGACGCGGCCCGGCUUGCGGGUCGUGAUCGGCCAGGAGGGCACCUGCUCUCCCGCGGAAGUGUUCGCGCACCCGGAGCAGUGUCUCAACCACGCGGGUUCCGGGGUUGUUAUGAAGACGAAGCACGACCAAGCACGCUGCGGCUGCAAAACAUCGUACCUCUUCCAGCUGUACCAGAACACGUGGGUACCGUGCCCAGGCGCUCAGCCCCGCUGCUCCAAGCGCGCCAACCCUAACAAGUUCAACGUCACCACAACGCUGCGGGUUCCUAUGCAGCUUCCGGCGGCUUUUUUCAACCGGACCGCGCUGCAACAGGACCCGCUGUUUCGGCAAGCACUGCAGACGGCGCUGUUGACCACGAUUAGCGGCGGGAUCUCCGCAGACAACAUCGUGCUCACGUCUGUCACUCUUUUGGACGCGAACGGGGCUGACCUCGAGCUGCAGUCCUUUCCGCCCGUCGUUGUUUUGCGAAGGCAACUCUUCCAGGCUGAACAAGCAAGAUUAAGAAAUGCAGAAAGGGAGAGCGCUGAGACGAGAGCAUCUACAUUGUCUUCGGCGUCUACACUCGCCACAACAAGGGAAGCGGUACAGAAGAAGAAGAGUCAAGCGCUGACACCAGCAGUUUCUGCAAAAGCAACGAUCGCGCAUCACAUCGAGGAAGCUCUUAAGCCCCAGGGAGAAAAGCCACAGCAUGUCGGUGGAUCUGUGUCUCGAUUGCUUUCGUUCGUUCCAGUUCCAGUUCCGGCAAACGCAACACGCAUGUUGGAACGGAAAGAUGUGCCUGCUCGCUAUCUUGAUGGACAUGGAGGUAGCUCGGCGACAACUGUCGUGCACCAUUUUAUUGACCAAGACCAGGACAGAGACAAUAUAAACAGCAGGCAAAGGGCGUUGGUGUUCGCACAGAUGGGUCUCGCACUAAGCGCGAAGAAGUCAACCCCAAAUUCGCAGGAGCUUGCAGCAUGUGUGUCCUGCGCAGCACAGAGGAUGCGCUUCGAGGAGCGCAAGCAGGAACAAGAAAGCCUCAUAGAAGUACAAGGGCCCAAUGCAGCUGCCUUACGCAACAAGCGUCGGACCAAGGACAGGCAGACGCGGGCUCAUCCAGCAGCAGCAUCACUUUUUUCGUUUCGCGCUCUAGCGACUUCUUCAACAUCUCCUCCCUUGGCGUCCUCGAGUGUUCUGUUUGGGUUGGAGUUUCGCAAUAUCGCAACAGCCUGGGACGCACUCGGGGUUCGCAACGAACUCCGGCAGAUUUCGGAAAGCUCCAACUUUGUAAGUAAGCUGCGGCUGGAGAUCCAAGACCUGGCCCUGCCGGCGCGUGGCGACAAUCUCUUCGCACUGGCGGUGCAAUCUGGCAGCGUGACAGGCCCCGAGCUUGUGGCCGGAAUCACGGGGCCCGUCGUUGAAGUUGCCGGAGCGAGUGGAAGUGCGGCGCAUGGCAGUGGCACAGCAUCAGCAACCGGCGCAACAAGUUCAGGGGACGACGGCCUGGACGUGGCCGAAAUGACCAUUCUGAUCGGCGUAAGCCUGAUUGCGGUGUUUUUUCUUGCCUUCUGCUACGUGUAUUUCCGCCAGGGUUUGUUCGCACGGUGGACGAGCGUUCCUGGCACUGGAGAUGAAACGUCGUUUCCGCGGUCGUGGCUCUCUGGAGGCAGCCACAUCGCCGUCGACCCCCUGUUCGACCCCCACAACGCGACCCACGACGAGAAGCUGCGGGGUAUCGGUACGUCUCAAAUGCAAGGGCGUGAGGACGAUGACCUGAAGAACAUUGGGCAGGCACUGACUCCGACGGCCGAGGCGUAUUUGCGGGGGUUGGCGAGUGCUUAUCCGCCACUGACGGACGUAGUCUCGGAUUUCGGAUCACCCUCCAAGACAACUUGGCGCAGCGGGGGCGAAGCGAGGACCCCAACCAAGUACCACGCCAAUCUUUCCGAUAUGGAGGCUCGCGUCGAGAAGCUUCUCGCAACUGCUUCGCGCCUCGGAACGCCUAUCGGGAGUGCGGCGCCCGGGACCGCGGCUUUGCUGGACGCCGACUUGUCUGACGCAGAAGAUACUAGUAGAGCUGCUCCGCACGAAGCGGCAAGUUCGCGUCGGGCCGCCCAUGUGAGCAUCGAAGACCUCACGUCGCCGACCCCAGGCAAUUGGGUGGUGGUUCCCCCCGAACCGGGAGACUUUGACCUCGUUUCUCACGUGGUGCCGACCCCGCCGGCGCCAUUGCCUCUAGCCGAGCCGAACAUAACAGAUCAUAUGCACACCAGCAAGAAUGACUCGCCGUACAACUACCCUGAAGGAUCAGGUUCAGACGACGCAAUAUCAAUGCGGCCUACUGGUGAUCGUAGUAGCGCAGAGCGGGCGUCUAGCUCUGCUGUGCAAAGUGACUUUUUACCGUCGCGAAGCCUAGCCACACAGGAGAGCGACUUUUUUCAAUUUCCGCAGAGAGAGAAGUCGCUACCUACAACGCCCGACGCGCCGCCGCCAUUGGAACGCACCGGCGUCAAGGAAUCGGCGGCAGUCUGGCAAGACCGAUGA